AUGGGUGUUUUGAGCGAGUCAUGGUGUUUUUGCAAAGGAGUCGGAAAGUCUGAGAAAUUGAAGGCUGCCCUUUUUACUGGAAAGGGUCCCGCGAUUGCCAGGAUAUCCGCCACCCCCAAUGGAAUCUCCGGCACUGGAUUCCUGAUCCACCGGAAUCUUCUCUUGACUGCUCAUGUUAACAUUCCCUCUGUAGCUGCUGCUGAGAGUUGCGAGAUCCGCCUCCAAAACGGUGUCGCUGCCAGUCUCGUUCCUCACAGGUUUUUCAUUACCACCUCUGUUCUAGAUCUUACCAUAGUGGGUUUAGAUUCUGUGGAUGGAGAAUCAAAUGCCCAAGUGCAACAACCACACUACUUGAAGACCUGCUCUAAACCAAAUCUGGAUUUGGGAAGUGCUGUUUACUUUUUAGGUCAUACAGAUAACGAAGAACUAACAGUUGGUGAGGGAAAGGUGGUAAUUGCCACUGACAAUCUUAUAAAACUGUCAACUGAUGGAAUAGCUUGGAGCCCUGGAUCUGCAGGGUUUGAUGCCCAAGGUAAUCUUGCAUUCAUGAUCUGUGAUCCCAUGAAACUAGCCACAUCUCCAAAUACUAAAUCUUCUUCAACUUCAUCAUCAUCCUCAUCAUCAUGGAAGAAGGAUUCUUCCAUGCAAUUUGGUAUUCCUGUACCCAUUAUCUGUGAUUGGUUAAACCAGCAUUGGGAAGGCAACCUCGAUGAACUUACCAAACCCAAAUUGCCAAUAAUCAGAUUGAUGUCCACAGGACAGAAGAGUGAGCAUUCUUGUGCUUCCUUCACACUCCGGCAGGUUUUUAAGUCAACAGAAGCUGAUAACGAUGGCACCCCAUCAUCCAAUACAGUCUCAAAAGGUAGAGAUCAAUCAGAUCCAGGUAGUUCUGGCACAGCAGAUGCUGUCAAGGAAGGAACCCUAACCACCGAUUCACUUGGUGCCCAUGUCCAAGGAAUUCCAACCCCAGAAAUAUAUGAAUCACCAAAGCUGACAGCAGGCCCUCUUAGGAAAAAGGAAAGUGCCCAGAUCCAGCUUUUGGAUAUUAAUUUCCCUCCAAGGGUGACCAAAACUACAGUUCAACCACAGCCAGACAAACAGCUGCUGCCAAACUCCAAUGAGAAUUCUGUCAAGGAAAUGCCACUGCAGAUACCAGUGAGUGAAGAUCAAAUCAAGGAUAGAGGACUUGCUAGUACCGAAGUGGAUGCUGACAUUGCCUCAACAGGUUCUGUGAAUGGAGCACACAGUGAGGUUCAGUCUAGUUCCUCCCCUGUCGAGGUUUCAGAGAUGUAUAAAGAAUACAGCAGUGAGGGAGAAACAACUAUGUACUCUGCAGAAACUGCUGAGAGUCGAAACUAUACGAGUCCUAGAGAGGGAAAGUUUCAACAAGUUGGGCGGAGCCACAGUUGUGUGAGUUAUAAUAGAUGGGGAACUGCUCAAAGGAACCAGGUGGCCCGAAGGGCGAUGCUUGAGCAACAGAGAAGUUUCAUCCAUGGAAGGAAAAUGUAUUCACAAGGGGCGACUUCUCAAAGGAGUAACGACUACUACAGCCCAACUGUGUCUUCUAUAAUGAAGAAGCGAAACAACUCAGAGCAGCCAACCAGACCGAAGCAAAGUGCUGUCCACUCCUCUCCUAGAUGGAUGUUUUGA